AUGCUCCGUGUCUGGAUGGCGUCCGGGAAGUUGCUGGCCGAAGUGGCUGCGGAGGAAGUUGGUGACGUGGGGGGCUUGAAGAACCGUUUGCGCGAGCUGUAUGGUUAUCCGGCAUGUGCCCAGCAGAUCCUGCAUGCCGGGGCUUACUUGGAUGAUGCCGCCAGUCUGAGCACUGUCCUUGAGGUGCAGAUGGUGGUGCUGCCUGUCUGGACCACUGCCGGCAAGCACAAGUUUGCAAGCGAGUUGGUUGAUCACACUGUAAGAGACGGCCACGUUGAGGUUCUGCGUUCGUUGUUGCAAGCUCGCGCGGACAAGGACUCGAAGAACGCUUUUGGGGACACGGCCCUGAUAUGUGCAUCCCGUCAGGGGCAUGUGGAAAUAGCGCGCUCGCUGCUUGAAGCCGGGACCAACAUGGACCUGCAGAACUUUGAUGGCGAGACUGCUCUCCUGUGCGCAUCUGGCAAAGGGCACAUUGAGGUUGUGCGCCUGCUGCUGGCCGAAGGGGCCAGCAAGGACCUGACAAAUGGUGAGGGCACGACGGCCCUGACUCGUGCUGCUGGCAAAGGUCACUUUGGGGUUGUGCGUCUGCUCCUAGAAGCUUUGCCAUGGUUGGGUAACAUUUGCAUGUUUAAGUGCACUUAA